AUGGUCUACGAGAUGAUGAGGUGUGACCCAACCUGCCAUGUCGCUAGGUCAAGGAAAAGAGCGCGUCUGAGCAAGACGCAGACUGCGAUGCGCUCGGGCCACAGGCACGCAGUAGAGGCGUCGCUUGGGAGAGGUCAACCAACGCACCGCCCAUUUUGUGUAUAUAUAGCCGCUGACCUCGCCAGAUAGAACCAUUUGAUCGCCUUCUGCUCCUGCAUUCGCUUCUUUCCUCCUGCUAUAGCUGUUCAUCGAUUUUCUUGGUCCAAGGGUCUAUCCAGAUCUGGUAUGAAACUGUUAAGCUUUCACCGGGUGUAGAUUGACGCUUGGCCCUCGAGCCAUUUUUCUUCUUCAUCUUUCUCAACUCUCUUGGUCCGACCGUCUAUCCAGAUCUGGUAUGAAACUGUUAAGCUUUCACCGGGUAUAGAUUGACGCUUGGCCCUCGAGCCAUUUUUCUUCUUCAUCUUUCUCAACUCUCUUGGUCCGACCGUCUAUCCAGAUCUGGUAUGAAACUGUUAAGCUUUCACCGGGUAUAGAUUGACGCUUGGCCCUCGAGCCAUUUUUUUCUUCUUCAUCUUUCUCAACUCUCUUGGUCCGACCGUCUAUCCAGAUCUGGUAUGAAACUGUUAAGCUUUCACCGGGUGUAGAUUGACGCUUGGCCCUCGAGCCAUUUUUUUCUUCUUCAUCUUUCUCAACUCUCUUGGUCCGACCGUCUAUCCAGAUCUGGUAUGAAACUGUUAAGCUUUCACCGGGUGUAGAUUGACGCUUGGCCCUCGAGCCAUUUUUUUCUUCUUCAUCUUUCUCAACUCUCUUGGUCCGACCGUCUAUCCAGAUCUGGUAUGAAACUGUUAAGCUUUCACCGGGUAUAGAUUGACGCUUGGCCCUCGAGCCAUUUUUUUCUUCUUCAUCUUUCUCAACUCUCUUGGUCCGACCGUCUAUCCAGAUCUGGUAUGAAACUGUUAAGCUUUCACCGGGUGUAGAUUGACGCUUGGCCCUCGAGCCAUUUUUUUCUUCUUCAUCUUUCUCAACUCUCUUGGUCCGACCGUCUAUCCAGAUCUGGUAUGAAACUGUUAAGCUUUCACCGGGUAUAGAUUGACGCUUGGCCCCUCGAGCCAUUUUUUUCUUCUUCAUCUUUCUCAACUCUCUUGGUCCGACCGUCUAUCCAGAUCUGGUAUGAAACUGUUAAGCUUUCACCGGGUGUAGAUUGACGCUUGGCCCUCGAGCCAUUUUUUUCUUCUUCAUCUUUCUCAACUCUCUUGGUCCGACCGUCUAUCCAGAUCUGGUAUGAAACUGUUAAGCUUUCACCGGGUAUAGAUUGACGCUUGGCCCUCGAGCCAUUUUUUUCUUCUUCAUCUUUCUCAACUCUCUUGGUCCGACCGUCUAUCCAGAUCUGGUAUGAAACUGUUAAGCUUUCACCGGGUAUAGAUUGACGCUUGGCCCUCGAGCCAUUUUUUUCUUCUUCAUCUUUCUCAACUCUCUUGGUCCGACCGUCUAUCCAGAUCUGGUAUGAAACUGUUAAGCUUUCACCGGGUGUAGAUUGACGCUUGGCCCUCGAGCCAUUUUUUUCUUCUUCAUCUUUCUCAACUCUCUUGGUCCGACCGUCUAUCCAGAUCUGGUAUGAAACUGUUAAGCUUUCACCGGGUAUAGAUUGACGCUUGGCCCUCGAGCCAUUUUUUUCUUCUUCAUCUUUCUCAACUCUCUUGGUCCGACCGUCUAUCCAGAUCUGGUAUGAAACUGUUAAGCUUUCACCGGGUAUAGAUUGACGCUUGGCCCUCGAGCCAUUUUUUUCUUCUUCAUCUUUCUCAACUCUCUUGGUCCGACCGUCUAUCCAGAUCUGGUAUGAAACUGUUAAGCUUUCACCGGGUAUAGAUUGACGCUUGGCCCCUCGAGCCAUUUUUUUCUUCUUCAUCUUUUCUCAACUCUCUUGGUCCGACCGUCUAUCCAGAUCUGGUAUGAAACUGUUAAGCUUUCACCGGGUAUAGAUUGACGCUUGGCCCUCGAGCCAUUUUUUUCUUCUUCAUCUUUUCUCAACUCUCUUGGUCCGACCGUCUAUCCAGAUCUGGUAUGAAACUGUUAAGCUUUCACCGGGUAUAGAUUGACGCUUGGCCCUCGAGCCAUUUUUUUCUUCUUCAUCUUUCUCAACUCUCUUGGUCCGACCGUCUAUCCAGAUCUGGUAUGAAACUGUUAAGCUUUUCACCGGGUGUAGAUUGACGCUUGGCCCUCGAGCCAUUUUUUUCUUCUUCAUCUUUCUCAACUCUCUUGGUCCGACCGUCUAUCCAGAUCUGGUAUGAAACUGUUAAGCUUUCACCGGGUGUAGAUUGACGCUUGGCCCUCGAGCCAUUUUUUUCUUCUUCAUCUUUCUCAACUCUCUUGGUCCGACCGUCUAUCCAGAUCUGGUAUGAAACUGUUAAGCUUUCACCGGGUGUAGAUUGACGCUUGGCCCUCGAGCCAUUUUUUUCUUCUUCAUCUUUCUCAACUCUCUUGGUCCGACCGUCUAUCCAGAUCUGGUAUGAAACUGUUAAGCUUUCACCGGGUAUAGAUUGACGCUUGGCCCUCGAGCCAUUUUUUUCUUCUUCAUCUUUCUCAACUCUCUUGGUCCGACCGUCUAUCCAGAUCUGGUAUGAAACUGUUAAGCUUUCACCGGGUGUAGAUUGACGCUUGGCCCUCGAGCCAUUUUUCUUCUUCAUCUUUUCUCAACUCUCUUGGUCCGACCGUCUAUCCAGAUCUGGUAUGAAACUGUUAAGCUUUUCACCGGGUGUAGAUUGACGCUUGGCCCUCGAGCCAUUUUUUUCUUCUUCAUCUUUUCUCAACUCUCUUGGUCCGACCGUCUAUCCAGAUCUGGUAUGAAACUGUUAAGCUUUUCACCGGGUGUAGAUUGACGCUUGGCCCUCGAGCCAUUUUUUUCUUCUUCAUCUUUCUCAACUCUCUUGGUCCGACCGUCUAUCCAGAUCUGGUAUGAAACUGUUAAGCUUUCACCGGGUAUAGAUUGACGCUUGGCCCUCGAGCCAUUUUUUUCUUCUUCAUCUUUUCUCAACUCUCUUGGUCCGACCGUCUAUCCAGAUCUGGUAUGAAACUGUUAAGCUUUCACCGGGUGUAGAUUGACGCUUGGCCCCUCGAGCCAUUUUUUUCUUCUUCAUCUUUCUCAACUCUCUUGGUCCGACCGUCUAUCCAGAUCUGGUAUGAAACUGUUAAGCUUUCACCGGGUGUAGAUUGACGCUUGGCCCUCGAGCCAUUUUUUUCUUCUUCAUCUUUCUCAACUCUCUUGGUCCGACCGUCUAUCCAGAUCUGGUAUGAAACUGUUAAGCUUUCACCGGGUGUAGAUUGACGCUUGGCCCUCGAGCCAUUUUUUUCUUCUUCAUCUUUCUCAACUCUCUUGGUCCGACCGUCUAUCCAGAUCUGGUAUGAAACUGUUAAGCUUUUCACCGGGUGUAGAUUGACGCUUGGCCCCUCGAGCCAUUUUUUUCUUCUUCAUCUUUCUCAACUCUCUUGGUCCGACCGUCUAUCCAGAUCUGGUAUGAAACUGUUAAGCUUUCACCGGGUAUAGAUUGACGCUUGGCCCUCGAGCCAUUUUUCUUCUUCAUCUUUUCUCAACUCUCUUGGUCCGACCGUCUAUCCAGAUCUGGUAUGAAACUGUUAAGCUUUCACCGGGUGUAGAUUGACGCUUGGCCCCUCGAGCCAUUUUUUUCUUCUUCAUCUUUCUCAACUCUCUUGGUCCGACCGUCUAUCCAGAUCUGGUAUGAAACUGUUAAGCUUUCACCGGGUGUAGAUUGACGCUUGGCCCUCGAGCCAUUUUUUUCUUCUUCAUCUUUCUCAACUCUCUUGGUCCGACCGUCUAUCCAGAUCUGGUAUGAAACUGUUAAGCUUUCACCGGGUGUAGAUUGACGCUUGGCCCUCGAGCCAUUUUUUUCUUCUUCAUCUUUCUCAACUCUCUUGGUCCGACCGUCUAUCCAGAUCUGGUAUGAAACUGUUAAGCUUUCACCGGGUGUAGAUUGACGCUUGGCCCCUCGAGCCAUUUUUCUUCUUCAUCUUUCUCAACUCUCUUGGUCCGACCGUCUAUCCAGAUCUGGUAUGAAACUGUUAAGCUUUCACCGGGUGUAGAUUGACGCUUGGCCCUCGAGCCAUUUUUUUCUUCUUCAUCUUUCUCAACUCUCUUGGUCCGACCGUCUAUCCAGAUCUGGUAUGAAACUGUUAAGCUUUCACCGGGUAUAGAUUGACGCUUGGCCCCUCGAGCCAUUUUUUUCUUCUUCAUCUUUCUCAACUCUCUUGGUCCGACCGUCUAUCCAGAUCUGGUAUGAAACUGUUAAGCUUUCACCGGGUAUAGAUUGACGCUUGGCCCUCGAGCCAUUUUUCUUCUUCAUCUUUCUCAACUCUCUUGGUCCGACCGUCUAUCCAGAUCUGGUAUGAAACUGUUAAGCUUUCACCGGGUAUAGAUUGACGCUUGGCCCUCGAGCCAUUUUUCUUCUUCAUCUUUCUCAACUCUCUUGGUCCGACCGUCUAUCCAGAUCUGGUAUGAAACUGUUAAGCUUUCACCGGGUAUAGAUUGACGCUUGGCCCUCGAGCCAUUUUUUUCUUCUUCAUCUUUUCUCAACUCUCUUGGUCCGACCGUCUAUCCAGAUCUGGUAUGAAACUGUUAAGCUUUCACCGGGUGUAGAUUGACGCUUGGCCCUCGAGCCAUUUUUCUUCUUCAUCUUUCUCAACUCUCUUGGUCCGACCGUCUAUCCAGAUCUGGUAUGAAACUGUUAAGCUUUCACCGGGUGUAGAUUGACGCUUGGCCCCUCGAGCCAUUUUUUCUUCUUCAUCUUUCUCAACUCUCUUGGUCCGACCGUCUAUCCAGAUCUGGUAUGAAACUGUUAAGCUUUCACCGGGUGUAGAUUGACGCUUGGCCCCUCGAGCCAUUUUUUUCUUCUUCAUCUUUCUCAACUCUCUUGGUCCGACCGUCUAUCCAGAUCUGGUAUGAAACUGUUAAGCUUUCACCGGGUGUAGAUUGACGCUUGGCCCUCGAGCCAUUUUUUUCUUCUUCAUCUUUCUCAACUCUCUUGGUCCGACCGUCUAUCCAGAUCUGGUAUGAAACUGUUAAGCUUUCACCGGGUAUAGAUUGACGCUUGGCCCUCGAGCCAUUUUUUUCUUCUUCAUCUUUCUCAACUCUCUUGGUCCGACCGUCUAUCCAGAUCUGGUAUGAAACUGUUAAGCUUUUCACCGGGUGUAGAUUGACGCUUGGCCCUCGAGCCAUUUUUUUCUUCUUCAUCUUUCUCAACUCUCUUGGUCCGACCGUCUAUCCAGAUCUGGUAUGAAACUGUUAAGCUUUCACCGGGUAUAGAUUGACGCUUGGCCCUCGAGCCAUUUUUCUUCUUCAUCUUUUCUCAACUCUCUUGGUCCGACCGUCUAUCCAGAUCUGGUAUGAAACUGUUAAGCUUUCACCGGGUAUAGAUUGACGCUUGGCCCUCGAGCCAUUUUUUUCUUCUUCAUCUUUCUCAACUCUCUUGGUCCGACCGUCUAUCCAGAUCUGGUAUGAAACUGUUAAGCUUUCACCGGGUAUAGAUUGACGCUUGGCCCCUCGAGCCAUUUUUUUCUUCUUCAUCUUUCUCAACUCUCUUGGUCCGACCGUCUAUCCAGAUCUGGUAUGAAACUGUUAAGCUUUUCACCGGGUAUAGAUUGACGCUUGGCCCUCGAGCCAUUUUUUUCUUCUUCAUCUUUCUCAACUCUCUUGGUCCGACCGUCUAUCCAGAUCUGGUAUGAAACUGUUAAGCUUUCACCGGGUAUAGAUUGACGCUUGGCCCUCGAGCCAUUUUUUCUUCUUCAUCUUUCUCAACUCUCUUGGUCCGACCGUCUAUCCAGAUCUGGUAUGAAACUGUUAAGCUUUCACCGGGUAUAGAUUGACGCUUGGCCCCUCGAGCCAUUUUUUUCUUCUUCAUCUUUCUCAACUCUCUUGGUCCGACCGUCUAUCCAGAUCUGGUAUGAAACUGUUAAGCUUUUCACCGGGUGUAGAUUGACGCUUGGCCCUCGAGCCAUUUUUUUCAUCUUCAUCUUUCUCAACUCUCUUGGUCCGACCGUCUAUCCAGAUCUGGUAUGAAACUGUUAAGCUUUCACCGGGUAUAGAUUGACGCUUGGCCCUCGAGCCAUUUUUUUCUUCUUCAUCUUUCUCAACUCUCUUGGUCCGACCGUCUAUCCAGAUCUGGUAUGAAACUGUUAAGCUUUCACCGGGUAUAGAUUGACGCUUGGCCCUCGAGCCAUUUUUUUCUUCUUCAUCUUUCUCAACUCUCUUGGUCCGACCGUCUAUCCAGAUCUGGUAUGAAACUGUUAAGCUUUCACCGGGUAUAGAUUGACGCUUGGCCCUCGAGCCAUUUUUUUCUUCUUCAUCUUUCUCAACUCUCUUGGUCCGACCGUCUAUCCAGAUCUGGUAUGAAACUGUUAAGCUUUCACCGGGUGUAGAUUGACGCUUGGCCCUCGAGCCAUUUUUUUCUUCUUCAUCUUUCUCAACUCUCUUGGUCCGACCGUCUAUCCAGAUCUGGUAUGAAACUGUUAAGCUUUCACCGGGUGUAGAUUGACGCUUGGCCCUCGAGCCAUUUUUUUCUUCUUCAUCUUUCUCAACUCUCUUGGUCCGACCGUCUAUCCAGAUCUGGUAUGAAACUGUUAAGCUUUUCACCGGGUAUAGAUUGACGCUUGGCCCUCGAGCCAUUUUUUUCUUCUUCAUCUUUCUCAACUCUCUUGGUCCGACCGUCUAUCCAGAUCUGGUAUGAAACUGUUAAGCUUUCACCGGGUAUAGAUUGACGCUUGGCCCUCGAGCCAUUUUUCUUCUUCAUCUUUCUCAACUCUCUUGGUCCGACCGUCUAUCCAGAUCUGGUAUGAAACUGUUAAGCUUUCACCGGGUAUAGAUUGACGCUUGGCCCUCGAGCCAUUUUUCUUCUUCAUCUUUCUCAACUCUCUUGGUCCGACCGUCUAUCCAGAUCUGGUAUGAAACUGUUAAGCUUUCACCGGGUAUAGAUUGACGCUUGGCCCUCGAGCCAUUUUUCUUCUUCAUCUUUCUCAACUCUCUUGGUCCGACCGUCUAUCCAGAUCUGGUAUGAAACUGUUAAGCUUUCACCGGGUAUAGAUUGACGCUUGGCCCUCGAGCCAUUUUUUUCUUCUUCAUCUUUCUCAACUCUCUUGGUCCGACCGUCUAUCCAGAUCUGGUAUGAAACUGUUAAGCUUUCACCGGGUAUAGAUUGACGCUUGGCCCUCGAGCCAUUUUUUCUUCUUCAUCUUUCUCAACUCUCUUGGUCCGACCGUCUAUCCAGAUCUGGUAUGAAACUGUUAAGCUUUCACCGGGUGUAGAUUGACGCUUGGCCCUCGAGCCAUUUUUUUCUUCUUCAUCUUUCUCAACUCUCUUGGUCCGACCGUCUAUCCAGAUCUGGUAUGAAACUGUUAAGCUUUCACCGGGUAUAGAUUGACGCUUGGCCCCUCGAGCCAUUUUUUUCUUCUUCAUCUUUCUCAACUCUCUUGGUCCGACCGUCUAUCCAGAUCUGGUAUGAAACUGUUAAGCUUUCACCGGGUAUAGAUUGACGCUUGGCCCUCGAGCCAUUUUUUUCUUCUUCAUCUUUUCUCAACUCUCUUGGUCCGACCGUCUAUCCAGAUCUGGUAUGAAACUGUUAAGCUUUCACCGGGUAUAGAUUGACGCUUGGCCCUCGAGCCAUUUUUUUCUUCUUCAUCUUUCUCAACUCUCUUGGUCCGACCGUCUAUCCAGAUCUGGUAUGAAACUGUUAAGCUUUUCACCGGGUGUAGAUUGACGCUUGGCCCUCGAGCCAUUUUUUUCAUCUUCAUCUUUCUCAACUCUCUUGGUCCGACCGUCUAUCCAGAUCUGGUAUGAAACUGUUAAGCUUUCACCGGGUAUAGAUUGACGCUUGGCCCUCGAGCCAUUUUUUUCUUCUUCAUCUUUCUCAACUCUCUUGGUCCGACCGUCUAUCCAGAUCUGGUAUGAAACUGUUAAGCUUUUCACCGGGUAUAGAUUGACGCUUGGCCCUCGAGCCAUUUUUUCAUCUUCAUCUUUCUCAACUCUCUUGGUCCGACCGUCUAUCCAGAUCUGGUAUGAAACUGUUAAGCUUUCACCGGGUAUAGAUUGACGCUUGGCCCUCGAGCCAUUUUUUUCUUCUUCAUCUUUCUCAACUCUCUUGGUCCGACCGUCUAUCCAGAUCUGGUAUGAAACUGUUAAGCUUUCACCGGGUGUAGAUUGACGCUUGGCCCUCGAGCCAUUUUUUCAUCUUCAUCUUUCUCAACUCUCUUGGUCCGACCGUCUAUCCAGAUCUGGUAUGAAACUGUUAAGCUUUCACCGGGUAUAGAUUGACGCUUGGCCCUCGAGCCAUUUUUUUCUUCUUCAUCUUUCUCAACUCUCUUGGUCCGACCGUCUAUCCAGAUCUGGUAUGAAACUGUUAAGCUUUCACCGGGUAUAGAUUGACGCUUGGCCCUCGAGCCAUUUUUUUCAUCUUCAUCUUUCUCAACUCUCUUGGUCCGACCGUCUAUCCAGAUCUGGUAUGAAACUGUUAAGCUUUUCACCGGGUGUAGAUUGACGCUUGGCCCCUCGAGCCAUUUUUUUCAUCUUCAUCUUUCUCAACUCUCUUGGUCCGACCGUCUAUCCAGAUCUGGUAUGAAACUGUUAAGCUUUCACCGGGUAUAGAUUGACGCUUGGCCCCUCGAGCCAUUUUUUUCUUCUUCAUCUUUCUCAACUCUCUUGGUCCGACCGUCUAUCCAGAUCUGGUAUGAAACUGUUAAGCUUUUCACCGGGUAUAGAUUGACGCUUGGCCCUCGAGCCAUUUUUUUCUUCUUCAUCUUUCUCAACUCUCUUGGUCCGACCGUCUAUCCAGAUCUGGUAUGAAACUGUUAAGCUUUUCACCGGGUGUAGAUUGACGCUUGGCCCUCGAGCCAUUUUUUUCAUCUUCAUCUUUCUCAACUCUCUUGGUCCGACCGUCUAUCCAGAUCUGGUAUGAAACUGUUAAGCUUUCACCGGGUAUAGAUUGACGCUUGGCCCUCGAGGCCAUUUUUUUCAUCUUCAUCUUUCUCAACUCUCUUGGUCCGACCGUCUAUCCAGAUCUGGUAUGAAACUGUUAAGCUUUCACCGGGUGUAGAUUGACGCUUGGCCCUCGAGCCAUUUUUUUCAUCUUCAUCUUUCUCAACUCUCUUGGUCCGACCGUCUAUCCAGAUCUGGUAUGAAAACUGUUAAGCUUUCACCGGGUAUAGAUUGACGCUUGGCCCCUCGAGCCAUUUUUUUCAUCUUCAUCUUUCUCAACUCUCUUGGUCCGACCGUCUAUCCAGAUCUGGUAUGAAACUGUUAAGCUUUCACCGGGUGUAGAUUGACGCUUGGCCCUCGAGGCCAUUUUUUUCAUCUUCAUCUUUCUCAACUCUCUUGGUCCGACCGUCUAUCCAGAUCUGGUAUGAAACUGUUAAGCUUUCACCGGGUAUAGAUUGACGCUUGGCCCUCGAGCCAUUUUUCAUCUUCAUCUUUCUCAACUCUCUUGGUCCGACCGUCUAUCCAGAUCUGGUAUGAAACUGUUAAGCUUUCACCGGGUGUAGAUUGACGCUUGGCCCUCGAGCCAUUUUUCAUCUUCAUCUUUCUCAACUCUCUUGGUCCGACCGUCUAUCCAGAUCUGGUAUGAAACUGUUAAGCUUUCACCGGGUAUAGAUUGACGCUUGGCCCUCGAGGCCAUUUUUCAUCUUCAUCUUUCUCAACUCUCUUGGUCCGACCGUCUAUCCAGAUCUGGUAUGAAACUGUUAAGCUUUCACCGGGUAUAGAUUGACGCUUGGCCCUCGAGGCCAUUUUUUUCAUCUUCAUCUUUCUCAACUCUCUUGGUCCGACCGUCUAUCCAGAUCUGGUAUGAAACUGUUAAGCUUUCACCGGGUAUAGAUUGACGCUUGGCCCUCGGGCCAUUUUUCAUCUUCAUCUUUCUCAACUCUCUUGGUCCGACCGUCUAUCCAGAUCUGGUAUGAAACUGUUAAGCUUUCACCGGGUAUAGAUUGACGCUUGGCCCCUCGAGGCCAUUUUUUUCAUCUUCAUCUUUCUCAACUCUCUUGGUCCGACCGUCUAUCCAGAUCUGGUAUGAAACUGUUAAGCUUUCACCGGGUAUAGAUUGACGCUUGGCCCUCGAGCCAUUUUUUUCAUCUUCAUCUUUCUCAACUCUCUUGGUCCGACCGUCUAUCCAGAUCUGGUAUGAAACUGUUAAGCUUUCACCGGGUAUAGAUUGACGCUUGGCCCUCGAGGCCAUUUUUUUCAUCUUCAUCUUUCUCAACUCUCUUGGUCCGACCGUCUAUCCAGAUCUGGUAUGAAACUGUUAAGCUUUUCACCGGGUAUAGAUUGACGCUUGGCCCUCGAGGCCAUUUUUUUCAUCUUCAUCUUUCUCAACUCUCUUGGUCCGACCGUCUAUCCAGAUCUGGUAUGAAACUGUUAAGCUUUCACCGGGUGUAGAUUGACGCUUGGCCCUCGAGGCCAUUUUUUUCAUCUUCAUCUUUCUCAACUCUCUUGGUCCGACCGUCUAUCCAGAUCUGGUAUGAAACUGUUAAGCUUUCACCGGGUAUAGAUUGACGCUUGGCCCCUCGAGCCAUUUUUUUCAUCUUCAUCUUUCAUAACUCUCUUGGUCCGACCGUCUAUCCAGAUCUGGUAUGAAACUGUUAAGCUUUCACCGGGUAUAGAUUGACGCUUGGCCCUCGAGCCAUUUUUCAUCUUCAUCUUUCUCAACUCUCUUGGUCCGACCGUCUAUCCAGAUCUGGUAUGAAACUGUUAAGCUUUCACCGGGUGUAGAUUGACGCUUGGCCCUCGAGCCAUUUUUCAUCUUCAUCUUUCUCAACUCUCUUGGUCCGACCGUCUAUCCAGAUCUGGUAUGAAACUGUUAAGCUUUCACCGGGUAUAGAUUGACGCUUGGCCCUCGAGCCAUUUUUCAUCUUCAUCUUUCUCAACUCUCUUGGUCCGACCGUCUAUCCAGAUCUGGUAUGAAACUGUUAAGCUUUCACCGGGUAUAGAUUGACGCUUGGCCCUCGGGCCAUUUUUCAUCUUCAUCUUUCUCAAUUCUCUUGGUCCGACCGUCUAUCCAGAUCUGGUAUGAAACUGUUAAGCUUUCACCGGGUGUAGAUUGACGCUUGGCCCCUCGAGCCAUUUUUUUCAUCUUCAUCUUUCUCAACUCUCUUGGUCCGACCGUCUAUCCAGAUCUGGUAUGAAACUGUUAAGCUUUCACCGGGUAUAGAUUGACGCUUGGCCCUCGGGCCAUUUUUCAUCUUCAUCUUUCUCAACUCUCUUGGUCCGACCGUCUAUCCAGAUCUGGUAUGAAACUGUUAAGCUUUCACCGGGUAUAGAUUGACGCUUGGCCCUCGGGCCAUUUUUCAUCUUCAUCUUUCUCAACUCUCUUGGUCCGACCGUCUAUCCAGAUCUGGUAUGAAACUGUUAAGCUUUCACCGGGUGUAGAUUGACGCUUGGCCCUCGAGGCCAUUUUUUUCAUCUUCAUCUUUCUCAACUCUCUUGGUCCGACCGUCUAUCCAGAUCUGGUAUGAAACUGUUAAGCUUUUCACCGGGUGUAGAUUGACGCUUGGCCCUCGAGCCAUUUUUUUCUUCUUCAUCUUUCUCAACUCUCUUGGUCCGACCGUCUAUCCAGAUCUGGUAUGAAACUGUUAAGCUUUCACCGGGUAUAGAUUGACGCUUGGCCCCUCGAGCCAUUUUUUUCAUCUUCAUCUUUCUCAACUCUCUUGGUCCGACCGUCUAUCCAGAUCUGGUAUGAAACUGUUAAGCUUUUCACCGGGUGUAGAUUGACGCUUGGCCCUCGAGCCAUUUUUUUCAUCUUCAUCUUUCUCAACUCUCUUGGUCCGACCGUCUAUCCAGAUCUGGUAUGAAACUGUUAAGCUUUCACCGGGUAUAGAUUGACGCUUGGCCCUCGAGCCAUUUUUUUCAUCUUCAUCUUUCUCAACUCUCUUGGUCCGACCGUCUAUCCAGAUCUGGUAUGAAACUGUUAAGCUUUCACCGGGUAUAGAUUGACGCUUGGCCCCUCGAGGCCAUUUUUUUCAUCUUCAUCUUUCUCAACUCUCUUGGUCCGACCGUCUAUCCAGAUCUGGUAUGAAACUGUUAAGCUUUCACCGGGUAUAGAUUGACGCUUGGCCCUCGAGCCAUUUUUUUCAUCUUCAUCUUUCUCAACUCUCUUGGUCCGACCGUCUAUCCAGAUCUGGUAUGAAACUGUUAAGCUUUCACCGGGUAUAGAUUGACGCUUGGCCCUCGAGGCCAUUUUUUUCAUCUUCAUCUUUCUCAACUCUCUUGGUCCGACCGUCUAUCCAGAUCUGGUAUGAAACUGUUAAGCUUUUCACCGGGUAUAGAUUGACGCUUGGCCCUCGAGCCAUUUUUUUCAUCUUCAUCUUUCUCAACUCUCUUGGUCCGACCGUCUAUCCAGAUCUGGUAUGAAACUGUUAAGCUUUUCACCGGGUAUAGAUUGACGCUUGGCCCUCGAGCCAUUUUUCUUCUUCAUCUUUCUCAACUCUCUUGGUCCGACCGUCUAUCCAGAUCUGGUAUGAAACUGUUAAGCUUUUCACCGGGUGUAGAUUGACGCUUGGCCCCUCGAGCCAUUUUUUUCAUCUUCAUCUUUCUCAACUCUCUUGGUCCGACCGUCUAUCCAGAUCUGGUAUGAAACUGUUAAGCUUUUCACCGGGUAUAGAUUGACGCUUGGCCCUCGGGCCAUUUUUCAUCUUCAUCUUUCUCAACUCUCUUGGUCCGACCGUCUAUCCAGAUCUGGUAUGAAACUGUUAAGCUUUCACCGGGUGUAGAUUGACGCUUGGCCCCUCGAGCCAUUUUUCAUCUUCAUCUUUCUCAACUCUCUUGGUCCGACCGUCUAUCCAGAUCUGGUAUGAAACUGUUAAGCUUUCACCGGGUAUAGAUUGACGCUUGGCCCUCGAGCCAUUUUUCAUCUUCAUCUUUCUCAACUCUCUUGGUCCGACCGUCUAUCCAGAUCUGGUAUGAAACUGUUAAGCUUUCACCGGGUAUAGAUUGACGCUUGGCCCUCGGGCCAUUUUUCUUCUUCAUCUUUUCUCAACUCUCUUGGUCCGACCGUCUAUCCAGAUCUGGUAUGAAACUGUUAAGCUUUUCACCGGGUGUAGAUUGACGCUUGGCCCUCGAGCCAUUUUUUUCAUCUUCAUCUUUCUCAACUCUCUUGGUCCGACCGUCUAUCCAGAUCUGGUAUGAAACUGUUAAGCUUUCACCGGGUAUAGAUUGACGCUUGGCCCUCGAGCCAUUUUUUUCUUCUUCAUCUUUCUCAACUCUCUUGGUCCGACCGUCUAUCCAGAUCUGGUAUGAAACUGUUAAGCUUUUCACCGGGUGUAGAUUGACGCUUGGCCCUCGAGCCAUUUUUUUCAUCUUCAUCUUUCUCAACUCUCUUGGUCCGACCGUCUAUCCAGAUCUGGUAUGAAACUGUUAAGCUUUCACCGGGUGUAGAUUGACGCUUGGCCCCUCGAGCCAUUUUUUUCUUCUUCAUCUUUCUCAACUCUCUUGGUCCGACCGUCUAUCCAGAUCUGGUAUGAAACUGUUAAGCUUUCACCGGGUAUAGAUUGACGCUUGGCCCUCGAGCCAUUUUUUUCUUCUUCAUCUUUCUCAACUCUCUUGGUCCGACCGUCUAUCCAGAUCUGGUAUGAAACUGUUAAGCUUUCACCGGGUAUAGAUUGACGCUUGGCCCUCGAGCCAUUUUUUUCUUCUUCAUCUUUCUCAACUCUCUUGGUCCGACCGUCUAUCCAGAUCUGGUAUGAAACUGUUAAGCUUUCACCGGGUGUAGAUUGACGCUUGGCCCUCGAGCCAUUUUUCUUCUUCAUCUUUCUCAACUCUCUUGGUCCGACCGUCUAUCCAGAUCUGGUAUGAAACUGUUAAGCUUUCACCGGGUGUAGAUUGACGCUUGGCCCUCGAGCCAUUUUUUUCUUCUUCAUCUUUCUCAACUCUCUUGGUCCGACCGUCUAUCCAGAUCUGGUAUGAAACUGUUAAGCUUUCACCGGGUGUAGAUUGACGCUUGGCCCUCGAGCCAUUUUUUUCUUCUUCAUCUUUCUCAACUCUCUUGGUCCGACCGUCUAUCCAGAUCUGGUAUGAAACUGUUAAGCUUUCACCGGGUGUAGAUUGACGCUUGGCCCUCGAGCCAUUUUUCUUCUUCAUCUUUUCUCAACUCUCUUGGUCCGACCGUCUAUCCAGAUCUGGUAUGAAACUGUUAAGCUUUUCACCGGGUGUAGAUUGACGCUUGGCCCUCGAGCCAUUUUUUCUUCUUCAUCUUUCUCAACUCUCUUGGUCCGACCGUCUAUCCAGAUCUGGUAUGAAACUGUUAAGCUUUCACCGGGUAUAGAUUGACGCUUGGCCCUCGAGCCAUUUUUUUCUUCUUCAUCUUUCUCAACUCUCUUGGUCCGACCGUCUAUCCAGAUCUGGUAUGAAACUGUUAAGCUUUCACCGGGUGUAGAUUGACGCUUGGCCCUCGAGCCAUUUUUUUCUUCUUCAUCUUUCUCAACUCUCUUGGUCCGACCGUCUAUCCAGAUCUGGUAUGAAACUGUUAAGCUUUCACCGGGUAUAGAUUGACGCUUGGCCCUCGAGCCAUUUUUUUCUUCUUCAUCUUUCUCAACUCUCUUGGUCCGACCGUCUAUCCAGAUCUGGUAUGAAACUGUUAAGCUUUUCACCGGGUGUAGAUUGACGCUUGGCCCUCGAGCCAUUUUUUUCUUCUUCAUCUUUCUCAACUCUCUUGGUCCGACCGUCUAUCCAGAUCUGGUAUGAAACUGUUAAGCUUUCACCGGGUAUAGAUUGACGCUUGGCCCCUCGAGCCAUUUUUUUCUUCUUCAUCUUUCUCAACUCUCUUGGUCCGACCGUCUAUCCAGAUCUGGUAUGAAACUGUUAAGCUUUCACCGGGUGUAGAUUGACGCUUGGCCCUCGAGCCAUUUUUUUCUUCUUCAUCUUUCUCAACUCUCUUGGUCCGACCGUCUAUCCAGAUCUGGUAUGAAACUGUUAAGCUUUUCACCGGGUGUAGAUUGACGCUUGGCCCCUCGAGCCAUUUUUUUCUUCUUCAUCUUUCUCAACUCUCUUGGUCCGACCGUCUAUCCAGAUCUGGUAUGAAACUGUUAAGCUUUCACCGGGUGUAGAUUGACGCUUGGCCCUCGAGCCAUUUUUUUCUUCUUCAUCUUUCUCAACUCUCUUGGUCCGACCGUCUAUCCAGAUCUGGUAUGAAACUGUUAAGCUUUCACCGGGUGUAGAUUGACGCUUGGCCCCUCGAGCCAUUUUUUUCUUCUUCAUCUUUCUCAACUCUCUUGGUCCGACCGUCUAUCCAGAUCUGGUAUGAAACUGUUAAGCUUUCACCGGGUGUAGAUUGACGCUUGGCCCUCGAGCCAUUUUUCUUCUUCAUCUUUCUCAACUCUCUUGGUCCGACCGUCUAUCCAGAUCUGGUAUGAAACUGUUAAGCUUUCACCGGGUAUAGAUUGACGCUUGGCCCUCGAGCCAUUUUUUUCUUCUUCAUCUUUCUCAACUCUCUUGGUCCGACCGUCUAUCCAGAUCUGGUAUGAAACUGUUAAGCUUUCACCGGGUAUAGAUUGACGCUUGGCCCCUCGAGCCAUUUUUUUCUUCUUCAUCUUUCUCAACUCUCUUGGUCCGACCGUCUAUCCAGAUCUGGUAUGAAACUGUUAAGCUUUCACCGGGUGUAGAUUGACGCUUGGCCCUCGAGCCAUUUUUUUCUUCUUCAUCUUUCUCAACUCUCUUGGUCCGACCGUCUAUCCAGAUCUGGUAUGAAACUGUUAAGCUUUCACCGGGUGUAGAUUGACGCUUGGCCCUCGAGCCAUUUUUUUCUUCUUCAUCUUUCUCAACUCUCUUGGUCCGACCGUCUAUCCAGAUCUGGUAUGAAACUGUUAAGCUUUCACCGGGUGUAGAUUGACGCUUGGCCCUCGAGCCAUUUUUUUCUUCUUCAUCUUUCUCAACUCUCUUGGUCCGACCGUCUAUCCAGAUCUGGUAUGAAACUGUUAAGCUUUCACCGGGUGUAGAUUGACGCUUGGCCCUCGAGCCAUUUUUUUCUUCUUCAUCUUUCUCAACUCUCUUGGUCCGACCGUCUAUCCAGAUCUGGUAUGAAACUGUUAAGCUUUCACCGGGUGUAGAUUGACGCUUGGCCCUCGAGCCAUUUUUCUUCUUCAUCUUUCUCAACUCUCUUGGUCCGACCGUCUAUCCAGAUCUGGUAUGAAACUGUUAAGCUUUCACCGGGUGUAGAUUGACGCUUGGCCCUCGAGCCAUUUUUCUUCUUCAUCUUUCUCAACUCUCUUGGUCCGACCGUCUAUCCAGAUCUGGUAUGAAACUGUUAAGCUUUCACCGGGUAUAGAUUGACGCUUGGCCCUCGAGCCAUUUUUCUUCUUCAUCUUUCUCAACUCUCUUGGUCCGACCGUCUAUCCAGAUCUGGUAUGAAACUGUUAAGCUUUCACCGGGUGUAGAUUGACGCUUGGCCCUCGAGCCAUUUUUCUUCUUCAUCUUUCUCAACUCUCUUGGUCCGACCGUCUAUCCAGAUCUGGUAUGAAACUGUUAAGCUUUCACCGGGUGUAGAUUGACGCUUGGCCCUCGAGCCAUUUUUCUUCUUCAUCUUUCUCAACUCUCUUGGUCCGACCGUCUAUCCAGAUCUGGUAUGAAACUGUUAAGCUUUCACCGGGUGUAGAUUGACGCUUGGCCCUCGAGCCAUUUUUUUCUUCUUCAUCUUUCUCAACUCUCUUGGUCCGACCGUCUAUCCAGAUCUGGUAUGAAACUGUUAAGCUUUCACCGGGUGUAGAUUGACGCUUGGCCCUCGAGCCAUUUUUUCUUCUUCAUCUUUCUCAACUCUCUUGGUCCGACCGUCUAUCCAGAUCUGGUAUGAAACUGUUAAGCUUUCACCGGGUGUAGAUUGACGCUUGGCCCUCGAGCCAUUUUUUCUUCUUCAUCUUUCUCAACUCUCUUGGUCCGACCGUCUAUCCAGAUCUGGUAUGAAACUGUUAAGCUUUCACCGGGUGUAGAUUGACGCUUGGCCCUCGAGCCAUUUUUUUCUUCUUCAUCUUUCUCAACUCUCUUGGUCCGACCGUCUAUCCAGAUCUGGUAUGAAACUGUUAAGCUUUUCACCGGGUGUAGAUUGACGCUUGGCCCUCGAGCCAUUUUUCUUCUUCAUCUUUCUCAACUCUCUUGGUCCGACCGUCUAUCCAGAUCUGGUAUGAAACUGUUAAGCUUUCACCGGGUGUAGAUUGACGCUUGGCCCCUCGAGCCAUUUUUUUCUUCUUCAUCUUUCUCAACUCUCUUGGUCCGACCGUCUAUCCAGAUCUGGUAUGAAACUGUUAAGCUUUCACCGGGUAUAGAUUGACGCUUGGCCCCUCGAGCCAUUUUUUCUUCUUCAUCUUUUCUCAACUCUCUUGGUCCGACCGUCUAUCCAGAUCUGGUAUGAAACUGUUAAGCUUUCACCGGGUGUAGAUUGACGCUUGGCCCUCGAGCCAUUUUUUCUUCUUCAUCUUUCUCAACUCUCUUGGUCCGACCGUCUAUCCAGAUCUGGUAUGAAACUGUUAAGCUUUCACCGGGUAUAGAUUGACGCUUGGCCCUCGAGCCAUUUUUUCUUCUUCAUCUUUCUCAACUCUCUUGGUCCGACCGUCUAUCCAGAUCUGGUAUGAAACUGUUAGCUUUCACCGGGUGUAGAUUGACGCUUGGCCCUCGAGCCAUUUUUUUCUUCUUCAUCUUUCUCAACUCUCUUGGUCCGACCGUCUAUCCAGAUCUGGUAUGAAACUGUUAAGCUUUCACCGGGUGUAGAUUGACGCUUGGCCCUCGAGCCAUUUUUCUUCUUCAUCUUUCUCAACUCUCUUGGUCCGACCGUCUAUCCAGAUCUGGUAUGAAACUGUUAAGCUUUCACCGGGUGUAGAUUGACGCUUGGCCCUCGAGCCAUUUUUUUCUUCUUCAUCUUUCUCAACUCUCUUGGUCCGACCGUCUAUCCAGAUCUGGUAUGAAACUGUUAAGCUUUCACCGGGUGUAGAUUGACGCUUGGCCCUCGAGCCAUUUUUUUCUUCUUCAUCUUUCUCAACUCUCUUGGUCCGACCGUCUAUCCAGAUCUGGUAUGAAACUGUUAAGCUUUCACCGGGUAUAGAUUGACGCUUGGCCCUCGAGCCAUUUUUUUCUUCUUCAUCUUUCUCAACUCUCUUGGUCCGACCGUCUAUCCAGAUCUGGUAUGAAACUGUUAAGCUUUCACCGGGUGUAGAUUGACGCUUGGCCCUCGAGCCAUUUUUCUUCUUCAUCUUUCUCAACUCUCUUGGUCCGACCGUCUAUCCAGAUCUGGUAUGAAACUGUUAAGCUUUCACCGGGUGUAGAUUGACGCUUGGCCCUCGAGCCAUUUUUUUCUUCUUCAUCUUUCUCAACUCUCUUGGUCCGACCGUCUAUCCAGAUCUGGUAUGAAACUGUUAAGCUUUCACCGGGUGUAGAUUGACGCUUGGCCCUCGAGCCAUUUUUUUCUUCUUCAUCUUUCUCAACUCUCUUGGUCCGACCGUCUAUCCAGAUCUGGUAUGAAACUGUUAAGCUUUCACCGGGUGUAGAUUGACGCUUGGCCCUCGAGCCAUUUUUCUUCUUCAUCUUUCUCAACUCUCUUGGUCCGACCGUCUAUCCAGAUCUGGUAUGAAACUGUUAAGCUUUCACCGGGUAUAGAUUGACGCUUGGCCCUCGAGCCAUUUUUCUUCUUCAUCUUUCUCAACUCUCUUGGUCCGACCGUCUAUCCAGAUCUGGUAUGAAACUGUUAAGCUUUCACCGGGUAUAGAUUGACGCUUGGCCCUCGAGCCAUUUUUUUCUUCUUCAUCUUUCUCAACUCUCUUGGUCCGACCGUCUAUCCAGAUCUGGUAUGAAACUGUUAAGCUUUCACCGGGUGUAGAUUGACGCUUGGCCCUCGAGCCAUUUUUUUCUUCUUCAUCUUUUCUCAACUCUCUUGGUCCGACCGUCUAUCCAGAUCUGGUAUGAAACUGUUAAGCUUUCACCGGGUGUAGAUUGACGCUUGGCCCUCGAGCCAUUUUUUUCUUCUUCAUCUUUCUCAACUCUCUUGGUCCGACCGUCUAUCCAGAUCUGGUAUGAAACUGUUAAGCUUUCACCGGGUGUAGAUUGACGCUUGGCCCUCGAGCCAUUUUUUUCUUCUUCAUCUUUCUCAACUCUCUUGGUCCGACCGUCUAUCCAGAUCUGGUAUGAAACUGUUAAGCUUUCACCGGGUGUAGAUUGACGCUUGGCCCUCGAGCCAUUUUUUUCUUCUUCAUCUUUCUCAACUCUCUUGGUCCGACCGUCUAUCCAGAUCUGGUAUGAAACUGUUAAGCUUUUCACCGGGUGUAGAUUGACGCUUGGCCCUCGAGCCAUUUUUUUCAUCUUCAUCUUUCUCAACUCUCUUGGUCCGACCGUCUAUCCAGAUCUGGUAUGAAACUGUUAAGCUUUUCACCGGGUAUAGAUUGACGCUUGGCCCUCGAGCCAUUUUUUUCUUCUUCAUCUUUCUCAACUCUCUUGGUCCGACCGUCUAUCCAGAUCUGGUAUGAAACUGUUAAGCUUUCACCGGGUGUAGAUUGACGCUUGGCCCUCGAGCCAUUUUUUUCAUCUUCAUCUUUCUCAACUCUCUUGGUCCGACCGUCUAUCCAGAUCUGGUAUGAAACUGUUAAGCUUUCACCGGGUAUAGAUUGACGCUUGGCCCUCGAGCCAUUUUUUUCUUCUUCAUCUUUCUCAACUCUCUUGGUCCGACCGUCUAUCCAGAUCUGGUAUGAAACUGUUAAGCUUUCACCGGGUGUAGAUUGACGCUUGGCCCUCGAGCCAUUUUUUUCAUCUUCAUCUUUCUCAACUCUCUUGGUCCGACCGUCUAUCCAGAUCUGGUAUGAAACUGUUAAGCUUUCACCGGGUAUAGAUUGACGCUUGGCCCUCGAGCCAUUUUUUUCAUCUUCAUCUUUCUCAACUCUCUUGGUCCGACCGUCUAUCCAGAUCUGGUAUGAAACUGUUAAGCUUUCACCGGGUAUAGAUUGACGCUUGGCCCUCGAGCCAUUUUUUUCAUCUUCAUCUUUUCUCAACUCUCUUGGUCCGACCGUCUAUCCAGAUCUGGUAUGAAACUGUUAAGCUUUCACCGGGUGUAGAUUGACGCUUGGCCCUCGAGCCAUUUUUUUCAUCUUCAUCUUUCUCAACUCUCUUGGUCCGACCGUCUAUCCAGAUCUGGUAUGAAACUGUUAAGCUUUUCACCGGGUAUAGAUUGACGCUUGGCCCUCGAGCCAUUUUUUUCUUCUUCAUCUUUUCUCAACUCUCUUGGUCCGACCGUCUAUCCAGAUCUGGUAUGAAACUGUUAAGCUUUCACCGGGUAUAGAUUGACGCUUGGCCCUCGAGCCAUUUUUUUCUUCUUCAUCUUUCUCAACUCUCUUGGUCCGACCGUCUAUCCAGAUCUGGUAUGAAACUGUUAAGCUUUCACCGGGUAUAGAUUGACGCUUGGCCCUCGAGCCAUUUUUUUCAUCUUCAUCUUUCUCAACUCUCUUGGUCCGACCGUCUAUCCAGAUCUGGUAUGAAACUGUUAAGCUUUUCACCGGGUGUAGAUUGACGCUUGGCCCUCGAGCCAUUUUUUUCAUCUUCAUCUUUCUCAACUCUCUUGGUCCGACCGUCUAUCCAGAUCUGGUAUGAAACUGUUAAGCUUUCACCGGGUGUAGAUUGACGCUUGGCCCUCGAGCCAUUUUUUUCAUCUUCAUCUUUCUCAACUCUCUUGGUCCGACCGUCUAUCCAGAUCUGGUAUGAAACUGUUAAGCUUUUCACCGGGUGUAGAUUGACGCUUGGCCCUCGAGCCAUUUUUUUCAUCUUCAUCUUUCUCAACUCUCUUGGUCCGACCGUCUAUCCAGAUCUGGUAUGAAACUGUUAAGCUUUUCACCGGGUGUAGAUUGACGCUUGGCCCUCGAGCCAUUUUUUUCAUCUUCAUCUUUUCUCAACUCUCUUGGUCCGACCGUCUAUCCAGAUCUGGUAUGAAACUGUUAAGCUUUCACCGGGUGUAGAUUGACGCUUGGCCCUCGAGCCAUUUUUUUCAUCUUCAUCUUUCUCAACUCUCUUGGUCCGACCGUCUAUCCAGAUCUGGUAUGAAACUGUUAAGCUUUCACCGGGUAUAGAUUGACGCUUGGCCCUCGAGCCAUUUUUUUCAUCUUCAUCUUUUCUCAACUCUCUUGGUCCGACUGUCUAUCCAGAUCUGGUAUGAAACUGUUAAGCUUUUCACCGGGUAUAGAUUGACGCUUGGCCCUCGAGCCAUUUUUUUCAUCUUCAUCUUUCUCAACUCUCUUGGUCCGACUGUCUAUCCAGAUCUGGUAUGAAACUGUUAAGCUUUUCACCGGGUGUAGAUUGACGCUUGGCCCUCGAGCCAUUUUUUUCAUCUUCAUCUUUCUCAACUCUCUUGGUCCGACUGUCUAUCCAGAUCUGGUAUGAAACUGUUAAGCUUUUCACCGGGUAGAUUGACGCUUGGCCCUCGAGCCAUUUUUUUCAUCUUCAUCUUUUCUCAACUCUCUUGGUCCGACUGUCUAUCCAGAUCUGGUAUGAAACUGUUAAGCUUUCACCGGGUGUAGAUUGACGCUUGGCCCUCGAGCCAUUUUUUUCUUCUUCAUCUUUCUCAACUCUCUUGGUCCGACUGUCUAUCCAGAUCUGGUAUGAAACUGUUAAGCUUUUCACCGGGUGUAGAUUGACGCUUGGCCCUCGAGCCAUUUUUUUCAUCUUCAUCUUUUCUCAACUCUCUUGGUCCGACUGUCUAUCCAGAUCUGGUAUGAAACUGUUAAGCUUUUCACCGGGUAUAGAUUGACGCUUGGCCCUCGAGCCAUUUUUUUCAUCUUCAUCUUUCUCAACUCUCUUGGUCCGACUGUCUAUCCAGAUCUGGUAUGAAACUGUUAGCUUUUCACCGGGUGUAGAUUGACGCUUGGCCCUCGAGCCAUUUUUUUCAUCUUCAUCUUUUCUCAACUCUCUUGGUCCGACUGUCUAUCCAGAUCUGGUAUGAAACUGUUAAGCUUUCACCGGGUGUAGAUUGACGCUUGGCCCUCGAGCCAUUUUUUUCAUCUUCAUCUUUUCUCAACUCUCUUGGUCCGACUGUCUAUCCAGAUCUGGUAUGAAACUGUUAGCUUUUCACCGGGUAUAGAUUGACGCUUGGCCCUCGAGCCAUUUUUUUUCAUCUUCAUCUUUCUCAACUCUCUUGGUCCGACUGUCUAUCCAGAUCUGGUAUGAAACUGUUAGCUUUUCACCGGGUGUAGAUUGACGCUUGGCCCUCGAGCCAUUUUUUUCUUCUUCAUCUUUUCUCAACUCUCUUGGUCCGACUGUCUAUCCAGAUCUGGUAUGAAACUGUUAAGCUUUUCACCGGUAUAGAUUGACGCUUGGCCCUCGAGCCAUUUUUUUCAUCUUCAUCUUUUCUCAACUCUCUUGGUCCGACUGUCUAUCCAGAUCUGGUAUGAAACUGUUAAGCUUUUCACCGGUAUAGAUUGACGCUUGGCCCUCGAGCCAUUUUUUUCAUCUUCAUCUUUUCUCAACUCUCUUGGUCCGACUGUCUAUCCAGAUCUGGUAUGAAACUGUUGCUUUUCACCGGGUAUAGAUUGACGCUUGGCCCUCGAGCCAUUUUUUUCAUCUUCAUCUUUUCUCAACUCUCUUGGUCCGACUGUCUAUCCAGAUCUGGUAUGAAACUGUUAGCUUUUCACCGGGUGUAGAUUGACGCUUGGCCCUCGAGCCAUUUUUUUCUUCUUCAUCUUUUCUCAACUCUCUUGGUCCGACUGUCUAUCCAGAUCUGGUAUGAAACUGUUAAGCUUUUCACCGGGUAGAUUGACGCUUGGCUCUCGAGCCAUUUUUUUCAUCUUCAUCUUUUCUCAACUCUCUUGGUCCGACUGUCUAUCCAGAUCUGGUAUGAAACUGUUAAGCUUUUCACCGGGUAUAGAUUGACGCUUGGCCCUCGAGCCAUUUUUUUCAUCUUCAUCUUUUCUCAACUCUCUUGGUCCGACUGUCUAUCCAGAUCUGGUAUGAAACUGUUAAGCUUUUCACCGGUAUAGAUUGACGCUUGGCCCUCGAGCCAUUUUUUUCUUCUUCAUCUUUUCUCAACUCUCUUGGUCCGACUGUCUAUCCAGAUCUGGUAUGAAACUGUUGCUUUUCACCGGUAUAGAUUGACGCUUGGCCCUCGAGCCAUUUUUUUCAUCUUCAUCUUUUCUCAACUCUCUUGGUCCGACUGUCUAUCCAGAUCUGGUAUGAAACUGUUAAGCUUUCACCGGGUAGAUUGACGCUUGGCCCUCGAGCCAUUUUUUUCUUCUUCAUCUUUUCUCAACUCUCUUGGUCCGACUGUCUAUCCAGAUCUGGUAUGAAACUGUUAGCUUUUCACUGGUAGAUUGACGCUUGGCCCUCGAGCCAUUUUUUUCUUCUUUCAUCUUUUCUCAACUCUCUUGGUCCGACUGUCUAUCCAGAUCUGGUAUGAAACUGUUAGCUUUUCACCGGUGUAGAUUGACGCUUGGCCCUCGAGCCAUUUUUUUCAUCUUCAUCUUUCUCAACUCUCUUGGUCCGACUGUCUCAUCCAGAUCUGGUAUGAAACUGUUAGCUUUUCACCGGUAUAGAUUGACGCUUGGCCCUCGAGCCAUUUUUUUCUUCUUCAUCUUUUCUCAACUCUCUUGGUCCGACUGUCUAUCCAGAUCUGGUAUGAAACUGUUAGCUUUUCACCGGUGUAGAUUGACGCUUGGUCCCUCGAGCCAUUUUUUUCAUCUUCAUCUUUUCUCAACUCUCUUGGUCCGACUGUCUAUCCAGAUCUGGUAUGAAACUGUUAAGCUUUUCACCGGGUGUAGAUUGACGCUUGGCCCUCGAGCCAUUUUUUUCUUCUUCAUCUUUCUCAACUCUCUUGGUCCGACUGUCUAUCCAGAUCUGGUAUGAAACUGUUAAGCUUUUCACCGGGUGUAGAUUGACGCUUGGCCCUCGAGCCAUUUUUUUCAUCUUCAUCUUUCUCAACUCUCUUGGUCCGACCGUCUAUCCAGAUCUGGUAUGAAACUGUUAGCUUUCACCGGGUAUAGAUUGACGCUUGGCCCUCGAGCCAUUUUUUUCAUCUUCAUCUUUCUCAACUCUCUUGGUCCGACUGUCUAUCCAGAUCUGGUAUGAAACUGUUAAGCUUUUCACCGGGUAUAGAUUGACGCUUGGCCCUCGAGCCAUUUUUUUCAUCUUCAUCUUUCUCAACUCUCUUGGUCCGACCGUCUAUCCAGAUCUGGUAUGA